AUGCAGGAAAAUGACGGCGCUAUGGUUCGCUUUCGCUUGGUGUUCGACGAUCGUCAUCUCCUCGAUAAGUCGCAGCGUUCCCAGGGACUUCGCCGCUGCUGGUUUCGUCUUAAGCCCGACAUGAAAAACAUUGGCGAGCUAGCAUCCCAAAUCCGCGAGUGCUUUGGCAUCCGUCAUCGCAUUGUACUUUUUAUGGAUGAUUUUGUAUUACCAUCCUUCGAAUCAACGUGCAUCAUCACGGAUACAGAUAUAAUCAGGUGAGUUUUUUCCUU